AUGGAAGAUUUCAAUAGUGGAUUCGAUGGAAGAUUGAACGGUGGAUUCGAUCGAUGGAAGAUUUCAACGGCGGAUUCGAUGGAAGAUUUCAACAGUGAAUUCAAUGGAAGAUUGAACGGUGCAUUUGAUGGAAGAUUUCAACGGCGGAUUCGAUGGAACAUUUCAACAGUGAAUUCAAUGGAAGAUUGAACGGUGGAUUUGAUGGAAGAUUU